CGAGCGAUGAUCAACGAACAAUAUUUACCAAUGAAAAUGUCAAUAUUUUAUUUAAUCUUCAGUUCUAUCUUCAGUUACUUAUCGUUCAGUACGUUUCAACAUUCUCACGCUGUUCAGUAAACUUGCACAUAAAUACUCUAUCGAAUGACUUAUUGCCAGUUGAAUUUCGUUCAAGGGUACAUUUGAUCAUUUUUACUGGACCCGCUGAGCGCUUUGCCUUCUGGGCUCCUGGACGUUAUCGCCCGCCCUGAAUUAUUGCGCGACAUUGCUCGAUGCGCAAUGUUCGUCUACAAUCUCUAUCAAAAGUAUUGUUGCAUACAUCAUUCACAUUGAUUCCUAUUCGUACAAUGUCGACUUUAAUACAAAUCGAUGGAAGUUUAGGAGAAGGCGGUGGACAGGUGUUACGAGUUGCACUUUGUUUGAGCGCAUUAUACAAAAUUCCAAUUAAAAUUAACAAUAUACGAGCAGGUCGUUCCAAGCCAGGACUUGCAGCACAACAUUUAAAGGGAAUCGAAUUGUUAAAAGAUAUGUGCGAUGCAGAGAUUCUUGGAGCACAUAUAGGUUCCACUACUUUGGAAUUUAAGCCUGGACAAUUGAAACAGGACAAGCAGACAUUCUUUGUGGAUAUAGGAACUGCUGGCUGUAUUUGUUUAUUAGCUCAAGUAUCCUUGCCAUGUGCUCUUUUUCUUCCUCAAGGAGAGACUGUUAGAUUGAUUCUUAAAGGUGGAACUAACGUUCCUAUGGGACCUCACAUAGAAUACCUCACUGAAGUACUGAGACCUUUGCUCAAUAAGUUUGGAGCCGAUUUUGAUUUCAGAGUUGUAACAAGGGGCUAUUAUCCAAAGGGUGGAGGAGAGGUACAUCUUUAUGUAAAGCCUGUACAUACUUUGAAAGCUAUUACUUUAACUGAUCCUGGAAUUGCACAAGAGAUAUUAGGAUGGGCAUAUGUUGCUGGGGUUGUUCCUAUCAGAGAGGCUUACAAAAUGGAAAAUGAUGCAAAGUCAGUUUUAACAGAUGGUUUAAAUAAGCACAAUAUUACAUUGCCGAAUAUAAAUAUAGAAUCUUAUAAAGAAGAUAGAAAUGCUGCUAUUGGAAAUGGAUCUGGAAUCAACUUGGUAUGCACCACCAGCAGUGGAUGUAUUUUUGGUGGUUCUGGAUUGGGUUCUAAUAAACGCGAUGAGCAAACGGCUCCAGGCAUACAGGCAGCAAACGAAAUUCUAGACACGAUUUUAUCAAAGUCCUGCGUCGACGAGCACGCGCAAGAUCAAUUGAUCAUUUUUAUGGCUUUGGCCAAAGGUACUUCGAAAGUUAAUCUCGGAAGCAAAAAACUUACUUGUCACACUGAAACUGCUAUACAAGUAGCAGAGAUCAUGUUGAAGGAAUUUAAUCUGCAUUUUAAAUUGUCCGAAGGCAAAGACAAUGGAGGGAAUAUUUCGUAUAGUUUGGAGUGCAAAGGUUAUGAAUACGAGAAUAAAAUAAAAUAAAUAAGUAUA